UUACAUUUUGAAAAUCUAAGUUGGCUCUGAAUCCGCUCCCUCGUUUUUUAAACUUUGUAAAAAAUUAAACCUUGGCAUGCAGAUUUCAAUUCGAUGAUAACAAAUGGCGGCCACCGGACUCGUUUUUGAGUUAGAAUUAUUAACAGCUAAAAUUAAAUUUUUUUUCAUCAACUUAUACCGUAGGUAAGUUACUAGUAUUGUCACGAAAAUGAUUAUCAUAACCUGUUCGCCAAUGAUUAUAUUUAUAGGCAUUUGUUUGAUGCCAUUAUUGUCAACUGAAAAGGAGUGGUAGGAUUAGUCGAAGUGCUAACAAAUGCUUGCCAGCCACCUAAUAACUUAUUCAGUAAAAACCUGGGUACUGCUAUCCCGCAACAGGAAGCUUACAAAAUCUGCCUGUGCUCGUUUCACUUUUAACAACAUUGCAUUAGUAACGGUAGAACAAGGUAUGACAGAAAGAACCCUGUAACCGAAUCAUUAUAUUCCCGUAUUUAAUACACCUUAAGAAGAUAAGAUUUAGAGCCAUGUUUAAGAGAAUUUAAAGAGAGGAAACUGAAUACAUAACGGUCAAUUCAAUAAAAAGAGAAAUUCUGGUUCCGUUUCUUGUUUUUGGGAGAAAGGGAAAUCAACAAACGUUCCGAAAUAUUUCAUUUUAACUCCAACUGUGUUUCAAUCGGCAGUUGCACCAGCAGUCACAAUUGAUGGAAAUCCAACACAGUUUAAAGCUAUAGGGUACGAUAUGCAGCUGACCUGUCGGUAUAAUGCUUCACCACCAGCGUCUGAAGUGUUGUGGAAAAAAGAUGGAACUGUCAUAGUAAGAAAUACAAGCGUGGAGAUAAAUGACUCAAGAAUAACUAUACCACAUUACAGUGAAAGCCAAAUUCAGCUUACAGUUAUUAACGCUACCGCACAAGAUGCUGGAAAUUACACCUGUCUCGUUACAAAUGUUGUUGGCAAUUCAUCCGAUACCACUGUAAUUUUUAUUGAAGAGAAACCUUCGAUCACCACUCAUCCACAAGGAGAUACCUUUAAAGAAGGAGAUAACGUGACUUUAUCUUGUAACGCUACUGGAAAUCCAGUACCAACAAUAUCAUGGACCAGAGAUGGAUCUCCUGUAGAUACAAGUAACAACAUUUCCAGGAUUAGUAUUUCAGAUGACAACAAGCAGUUGACAAUAACGAAUCUUAACAGGACAGACAGCGGAGAAUACCAAUGUGUGGCAGAAAAUAGGGUUGGAAGUGAUUCCGCAGAUGCUGCUACGUUAGAUGUACAGUAUCCACCUGAGAUUACUGUUCAUCCAGACUCUGAACCAAAACCAGAAGGAGAAAACGUGAUCCUAUCUUGUGACGCGGUCGGAAAUCCACCACCAACAAUAUCAUGGACCAGAGAUGGAUCUCCUGUAGACACAAGCGGGAGGAUCAGUAUUUCAGAUGACAAGAAACAGUUGACAAUAACGAAUGUGAACAGGACAGACAGCGGGGAAUACCGAUGCAUGGCGAAUAACAGCCUUGGAAAUGAGACUUCCAAUGUUACUACAUUGGAUGUACAGUAUCCACCUGAGAUUACUGUUCAUCCAGAAACUAACACAACAAUAGAAGGAAAUAACGUAACUUUAUCUUGUAACGUUGACGGAAAUCCAGCACCAACAAUAUCAUGGACCAGCAAUGGAUCUCAUGUAAAUACAGAUAGCAAUCCCAGGAUCAGUUUUUUAGCAGACAACAAGCAGUUGACAAUAACGAAUGUGAGCAGGACAGACAGCGGAGAAUACCGAUGUGUGGCGAACAACAGCCUUGGAAAUGCUACAAUCGAUGCUGCUACAGUGGAUGUACAAUAUCAACCCAGGAUCACUGUUCAUCCAAAAGCCGAAACAAAAGCCGGCGGAGAAAACGUGACUUUAUCUUGUAGCGCUGAUGGAAAUCCAGCACCAACAAUCUCAUGGACCAGAAAUGGAUCUCCUGUGAACGCAAUCGGGAGGAUCAGUAUUUCAGAAAACAAAAAGCAGUUGACAAUAACGAAUGUGCACAGGACAGACACCGGAGAAUACCGGUGUGCGGCGAGUAACAGUCUCGGAAGUGAUACCUCCAAUGCUGCUACACUGGAUGUAGAGUAUCAACCAAAGAUCACUGUUGACCCGCAAACUGUGAUAACGACAGAAGGAGGUAACUUGACUUUAUCUUGUAACGCUACUGGUAAUCCAGUACCAACAAUAUCAUGGACCAGAGAUGGAUCUCUUGUAAAUACAAGUGGAAGGAUCAGGUUUUCAGAUGACAAAAAACAGUUGACAAUAACGAACGUGCACAGGACAGACAGCGGAGAAUACCGAUGUUUGGCGGAAAACAGGGUUGGAAGUGACACCUCAAAGUCCGCUACACUGAAUGUUCAAUAUCAACCCGAGAUCACUGUUCAUCCUCGAAGUCUUGCAAAAACAGAAGGAGAUAACGUGACGUUAUCUUGUAAUGCUACUGCAAAUCCAGUACCAACAAUAUCAUGGACCAGAAAUGGAUCUCCUGUAAAUACAACCAUCAAUUCCAGGAUCAUUUUUCCAGAUGACAAAACGAAGUUGACAAUAACGGAUGUGAACAGGACAGACAGCGGAGAAUACCGAUGUAUGGCGAGCAACGAACUUGGAAAUGAUACCUCCAGUGUUACCACACUGGAUGUACAGUAUCAACCAGAGAUCGCUGCGCAUCCUCAAAAUAAAACUAGAAUAGAAGGAGAUAACGUGACUCUAUCUUGCAACGUUGAUGGACAACCAGUGCCAAUAAUAUCAUGGAACAGAAAUGGAUAUCCUGUAAAUAUAAGCGGGAGGGUCAGUAUUUCAGAUGACAAAAAACAGUUGACAAUAACGAAUGUGAAAAGAACAGACAACGGAAACUACCGAUGUGUGGCGAAUAACAGCCUUGGAAAUUCUACAUCCAAUGCUGCUACACUGAAUGUCCAAUUGAUCCUGAGUUCUGCCUGGAAACAACCCUGCUCUACAACGAUACUCGUAACAGAGCCUAAGAUAGAGCUGAAUGAACAAUCUUUUAUAUUUUUAUUAUAUUUUUCAGUUGCACCUGUGAUCUCUAAGAAUCCUGAAGGCCUCACCAUAGUGGAAGGACGAGACGUUAUUCUUAGCUGUGUAGUUGAAGGAAACCCGUCACCUAGCGUAAUAUGGACGAUGAAUGGACAAGGAUUGAACAUCACAGCAAAUUCACGACUGGCUGCGACUCGCACGAAGAACAACCAUAAUUUAACAAUUACAGAUGUUCACCGAUCAGACGCAGGUCAAUACAGAUGUGUGGCCAACAACAGUGUUGACACUUCCACUUCAUCUGCUGCCAAAGUAGAAGUAUAUUUUCAACCUGAAUUCAUCAGCAAUUCAGAGAAUUCAACAGUGAUAGAGGGACAAAAUAUUGCUUUGCAAUGUAAAGUUUAUGGAAUUCCUGCGCCAGAUGUAAGAUGGACAAAAGAUGGAGAGGCAGUAAAUAUAGCAGAUCAGAGGAUAAGUGUUUCUUUUACGGGAAAUACUUCAAGUUUGAAAAUAAUCAGUGUUGUCCAAGCAGAUCAAGGACUGUACAGUUGUGUGGCAAAUAACAGUUUAAAUACUGUUACUUCCUAUCCAGGAACACUGGCAGUACAUUUUGUGCCAGAAGUCAGGAUUACUGGUGCUAAAGAACAGUUUGUUAUUAAAGGAAGACAGAUACUGCUGACUUGUCAGUGUAAUGCUUUGCCACCAGUGUCUGAAGUGCAGUGGGAAAAAGGUGGAACAGUGAUAGCAAGAAAUACUAUUGUGGAGAUCAAUGACUCACGAGUGGAUAUUCCAUUUUUCAAUGAAAGCCAAGUAAAGCUGUCCAUUAAUGCAACUACACCACAAGAUGCUGGGAACUAUACCUGUCUCGUUAUUAAUGAUGUUGGUAAUUCAUCAGAUACAACAUCAGUUGUUAUUCAAGUGGAACCAAACCCACCAGUGAAUGUCGUAGUUGUCUCAAAGAGCUCACGAGUAGUGAAUAUGUCCUGGAUUGCUGGUUUUGAUGGGAACAGUGCAAUUCAGAACUACACAGUAAAGACAAGUCUAGAUAAUGCAGACUUUGUAGAUGCUGUCUGUCAAGAAUACAUGUCAGAUGGUUCCUGUGUGGUGUCCAGUACAAGUGCAUCUGUUGGAAACCUCUCACCUUGGACAUUAUAUUACUUUAAAGUGCUUGCAAGAAACAUGGUUGGCACUAGUGAAGGGAGCCCUGUAGUGAAUGCUACCACAGAUGAAGAAGAGCCUGGUGUUGCACCUGAAAGUGUGACAGGACAGAACAGCAGCUCAACCAGCAUCUUAGUCAUGUGGGAUGAAGUUCCAACUGAUCAACAGAAUGGUAUCAUCACGGGUUACACCAUUACUUACAAGUCACAAACAGAGAAUGACAAUGGAGGUGUUCAAGUAAAUGCCUCUGUUCGCCAGACAGAAUUGACAGAUCUAAAAGAGUAUGUCAACUACAAUAUCACAGUGUUUGCAUCUACUGUGAAAGGAGAAGGACCAGCCAGUGAUCCAAUUGUUGUAAGAACAGACCAGGAUAAACCUGAAAGUGCUCCACAAAAUGUAAUGGGACAGGACCGCAACUCAACCAGCAUCUUAGUCACGUGGGAUGAAGUUCCAGCUGAUCAACAGAAUGGUAUCAUAACCGGUUACACCAUUACUUACCAGUCACAAACAGAGAAUGACAAUGACAGUGUUCCAGCUGGUGCGGAAGAUCGUGAAAAGGAAUUGACCGGUCUAAAGGAGUUUGUCAUCUACAAUAUCACAGUGUUUGCAUCUACUGUGAAAGGAGAUGGACCAGCCAGUGAUCCCGUUAUUGUUGUGAGAACAGGCCAGAAUAAACCUGACGGUGCUCCGCAAAAUGUGAGAGGACAGAACAGCAGUUCAACCAGCAUCUUAGUCAUGUGGGAUGAAGUUCCAGCUGAUAAACAGAAUGGUAUCAUAACCGGUUACACCAUUACUUACCACUCACAAACAGAGAAUGACAAUGGAAGUGUUUUGGUUGGUGCCAAUGACCGUCAAAAGAAUUUGACAGAACUAAAGGAGUACGUCAACUACAACAUGGCAGUGUUUGCAUCUACUGUAAAAGGAAAUGGACCAGCCAAUGACCCUGUAAUUGUUGUUAGAACGGACCAGGACAAACCUGAUGGUGCUCCACAAAAUGUAAGAGGAGUGAACAGCAGCUCAACAAGCAUCUCCGUCAUGUGGGAAGAAGUUCCAGCUAAUCAACAGAAUGAACCUGAUGGUGCUCCACAAAAUGUACAAGGACAGAACAGCAGCUCAACCAGCAUCUUAGUCGCGUGGGAUGAGGUUCCAGCUGAUCAACAGAAUGGUAUCAUCACGGGUUACACCAUUACCUACCACUCACAAACAGAGAAUGACAAUGGCGCUGUUCAAGUAAAUGGCUCUGUUCGUCAAAUGGAAUUGACGAAUCUAAAGGAGUACGUCAAUUACAAUAUCACAGUGUUUGCGUCUACAGUCAAAGGAGAUGGACCACUCAGUGACCCCAUAGUUGUUAGGACAGAUCAGGAUAAACCUGACGGUGCUCCUCAAAAUGUGCGAGGACUGAACAGCAGCUCAACCAGCAUCUUAGUCACGUGGGAUAAAGUUUCAGCUGAUCAACAGAAUGGUAUCAUCACGGGUUACACCAUUACUUACCACUCACAAACAGAGAAUGACAAUGGAACUGUUCAAGUAAAUGGCUCUGUUCAUCAAACGAAAUUGACAAAUCUAAAGGAGCACGUCAACUACAAUAUCACAGUGUUUGCAUCUACUGUGAAAGGAGAGGGACCAGCCAGUGUUCCUAUUGUUGUUAAAACAGACCAGGAUGGUACAACUGGUCUGACCUGGCAGUGAAAAUCAUCUUCAAAUUUCUUACGAACCUAAUGGUGCUCCACAAAA